AUGGCCUCCGUGUAUAAGAAAUUCUUGGCUUCUCCCAGCUCUUCUCUGCUGGAUGAGAAAGCCUCACUACACUAUGUCACCACCACCACGUCCAUCUAUGGCGCAACCGAGAUCAUCAAACACCUCAACACCCUCCAGAAACAGGUCAAGGUCAAGAAGCAAGAAUUCCUGAACCUUGUCGAUGGACAGACUGUGAUUGCUGCCGAAGUCGAUACGGCCCUAGAGUUCCAGACUAGUGGUGGCGCUUACCUUCCCGGCUUGGACGACAACUUCUUAUCUGAUCGCGUUGCCUAUCUGUCAAUUAUUCACUUCGUAACGCUCAACGAAGAAGGCAAGAUUCUCCAGAUUCGCCAACAAUGGGAUCAGGGGUCUCUGCUCAAGCAGAUGGAAAUCGUUGGAAAGACUGGACGCAAUUGGCCCAUCAGGGAUAGCAGAGAGCAACUUACCUUGAUUCAGUCUUGCCUCAAGUCGGCCGGUGCGGCACCUGCAAGGGCCGAGAGCCACAACGAUGUAGUCAUUCGAAACCGCGUCAACUCCAACAAUGCUAUGCGCGACCCCCAUGCAUCUCUGCAGCUCUUUGGCAACAGGGAGGAACUUGAGGCUGCUUCAUCCGAAUCUGUGGUGUCACCUUAUGCAGGUCACCGCAAAGGACAACGGUCUUUUGCUGAUGUUUUAGGCGACGAUCCCAGUGGUGAGCAUUACGAAGGAUCCCACAACCGCCACCGAUCAGCUUCGCCUAGCAAGGCCGGCCAGGGCAAGAAUGUUCAGCCCAUGCGUAUCUUUGAAGGCCAGGAGCAUAUUGAGGAGGAGGAGGACACGCCCAAGACCACCAAAACCAGCUACAUCAAGCCGAAUCCCCGCAAGUACAGCCACUUCGACUUUGCUGAUGGAUCCGAUCCUCAGGACAGACCCGAGCCUGGUGUCUCGUUCGAGGAUAGACCGCGAUCGAAGCAUGACAGCCAGUGGGAUUUCCAAGACUUUACCACCCCCCACAAGUCUCAGCCUACCAAGCAGUACCGAGCACAGGACGUUCGUCACUGGGACACUGAGGCGAGCAACAUGGAGGACGACUCUCAGCAGGUUGGAAAGGCUCGUCGUGAUGCAGAAACCCAUUUCGAACUCCAGGACGAUGGUGAGAAACUGCCGCAUCAAGAGCGCGCAAAUGCUCGUCCGCGAGGUUCAAUGCACAAUGACGGUCUAGGCUUGUACAAGAACAAGCUGUUUGACCAGGAGGGAGCCACACCUGAACCCAAGCGAGCUCUUGGCAACAUUACCAACUUGAAGGGUCGUGGCAAUGACUUUGAUCCUCACUUUGCCAUGACUGACGAGUCUCCUGCGCCUGACUCUUCUCGAAAUCACCAACUCCCAGAGGGUCGCAUGAAGGCUGUUAAGAUGAUGGAUGCCAACUGGUCCUCCUAUGAUAAAUCACCCACCACGCAAAAGGAAAAUCAGCGAGGCGAAGCCCGCUUCUUGGAGGACAACAAGAUCAACAUUGCGGGCGACGGUAUGGGAGGUCGAAAGGGUACUAACCGUGACUGGCUCUACGGAGGCGGUGGCGACGAUGAUACUCCCAAGCCUGCGUCACGAAAGGCUAAUCCCGGCGCCGCUCAAAAGAGCUUCUGGGACUUUUGA